AGCGCUAGCGCAUACUGGAUUUUUACGUUAUUUUUUAUUUGUUUGUUUUAUUAUUAUUUUUUAAUAUUAUUAUUUUAUUUUAUUUAUUUUUUUUUAUCUAGAGACGCAUAGCAACCAUAAUAUGGGAGAGGCUGCUGGAUUAAUCGAACCAUUGGACCAACGAGUUGCUAAUUAUAUGAAACAAUUAAUUAGAGGUGGGUGUCGAAAAACAAGAGAGCUGAAGUUGGCAGCAGCUGAGUUUGUGAAAAACACUAUUUUUUCUGGUAGAUCAAAUCCAGAAAAAAGUAGGCGCAGAUUCACGCCAAGUAGAAAGAAAAUCAAAAAUUUGAUUACUUCAGUCAAAAUCGAAACACGAUAUUUAAAGAUUGACCAGGAGAAUGUUGAGUCUUUGAAAAACGAAUGGUCAGACUGGGCGGAUAUCUAUUUCAGUGCACGAUUGCAAAACAAACAAGUUGAAGUUACUACUGAAUUCAAAGACGAUGAAAUCGAUGAUAAAAACGAUAACGAUCUCGAUAUUGACGAUGAAGAAGUGGGCGAGGAAGAGCAAAAAAUUUAUGACACCACAUCUACCGAUGGUAAAUUUCUCUUCGUUUAUCAAUCAAAAGUAAUGCAACGCCUCUACAGAAGAUACGCUUCACAGCUGAUAUUGUUGGAUGCGACCUACAGGACAACUAAAUACGCCCUGCCACUGUACUUUCUGGUUGUGAAAACCAACGUAAACUACAUGGUUAGUUAUCUACUCAAAAAUUUUAGUUUUAGUUACUAUCAAGUGAUAUAUAGGUCGUCAAUUCUCUUUCUCUAUAGAGCAACUUAUUUAUUUAGUUAUUAUUUUAUUAUUUAUUUAUUUAUUUCCAUCGUAGAGUGGAAUCCAGCUGUAAAACCCACAUACGCGAUGGUUGAUUACGACACUUCAGAAAUCUUGAGUUUGCAAGAUGUUUUUCCAGAUAUAGAAGUUUUCUUAUGUGACUUCCAUCGAGAACAGGCGUGGACAAGGUGGACGAACAAAUCUGACAAUGGUGUGUCGAACAUAGCUGGGGAUGUGAAAGCGAGGAUAAGACGUAUUGCGAAUUCAAUUUCUAUGCAAGAAAUGAACGACGCUGUCGAAGAUUUGAAAAAAUGGGAAUUGUAUAGCGGAAAAUUGAAGAAAUGGUUCGAAGGGACCUGGUUACCAGAAAUCAAAAGGUGGGCACUCGCAUUUCGCCCAGAUGACCUUAUGUUGUGUAAUACAAAUAAUGGUACUGAGAGGUUGAAUGAAGACAUCAAGUAUGACGAACUUGAAGGAUAUCGUUCUUGUACAUUGAGCGAGCUGUUGAAGAUAAUUGUGGAGAGCUUUCUACCCAAACUUUACGAUAAAUACGUCGAGAUGAAUGUCAAAUACACCUCUGGGUAUAAAAAGUAUCAAUCAAGUAUUCCACCAUUUUUACACGAUCGUCCAAGAUGGUUUGUUCGUGAUAUUCUUGACAAGCGUGACAAAGUAACAACAACUAUGGUUGAUUCAGUUGGAGUAGGUCUCGGUCAUACAUUCAAUGUUAAAGGAGAAAAUGUUUACUACUACGUGAACUUUGGAUCCGAUGAAAAGAUCUGUAGUUGUACAUGUCGCCACUUCAAAAGACAUCGGACUCUUUGCAAGCACUUCUUCGCUGUUUUGAAAACUGGACUUCUACACUUUAACUGCAUAACGCCGAUGUAUCGAUCUCAUCCUUAUGUGACAUUGGACUAUGAUCUUUUUGGCGCAAAUGACCAAGCUGAAAACGAUAAUGACGUAACUGAUAAUUUGCCAAUAACGAACACAGACUUAUUUCAACCAGACACCAGUGAUGUUACAGAUGACGAUUUUGCAGAUGACGAAAGUGGCGCUACUUGUUUGAACAAGAAAGUAGACGUUGAAUACAAAUCGCUUUCUCUCAGGAGUUCCACAUUUAAUCGAAAACGUGGUAACUUAGUGGCGCUCAUCAAAGUGUUUAAUGAACAGUGCUACACGAUUUCAGAAACUCCUGCUAGUGAUGCAUUUCUUGACGAGCUGACCAAUAAUGUGAAGUUUCUGAUAACAAAAACGUCGGAAUAUUUAGAAGAGGUUCAUGGUGAUGGCCUUACUGAACGACCUUCACCAAAAAAGCGUCGACAUACCACAUCUAAAUCAACAUCCCAAUAUGAACCAUUACCGAAACAAAAAACAUUAAAACAUCCAUAUACUGGUAGAGUCGGUAGCACUGCGGAAAUGAUGAGACAGUAUUACAGGGCACGCAUUUCCCUGACAGAAAUUGAACAGUCAAAAGCAAACGAUCCGAGAAAGAGAAAAGAAGAAUCUUUUCCACCAACUUCGUCAGAACUUACUGUCGCUGAAGAGGUGGAAGUUGUAACUACAGAGAGAACUCACGAUCUUGCUGAUACCGCACAUGAUGACACUCUCGAUCAAGGUGGUGACGACAAUGAAGUUUCCAUCAUUGAUGAAAUCCUCCAUCCAGACUUACCACCAAGACCAUACAAUGGUGUGUUAGACGAUACCAUGCGCAAGGAAGUCAUGAAUGGAGAACGGCUGACACAUGAAACAAUAAAUUUUGCUCAGAGUAUUUUGAAGAAGCAGAGUGGUGUAGAUGGAUUCGAAGAUACGGGACUCAGUUACACCUGUCAUUCAAGAUUUCCGAAUCAAUUUGUACAGAUUUUUUUUAUAAAAGAGCGAAAUCAUUGGGUGACAGAAAAAAGAAAGUCGCAAGACGAAAUUUACUUGUACGAUUCGCUCAGUGUGUAUAACAAAGAGCUUGAACGAAACACGUUGAAAAAAAUCGCUAGAAUGAUGUAUUGCCACGAUGACGCCAUAAAGAUCACUAACGCGUCAGUACAACAACAAGAAAAUGAUAUUGAUUGCGGUCUAUUUGCCAUUGCGUUCGCUGUCGAAGAAUCCUUCGGUAGAAGUCCACAAUCGAUAUCUUUUGACACUAAACAGAUGAGACCACACCUACUAAAGUGUUUAGAAUCAGCAACCUUUAGCUUUUUCCCAAAAUCAACAAAGAGAAAACGUUUCUGUAGACCUUUUGCGAAGACACAUUCGAUUUACUGCAUAUGUAGAGAUAUUUUCUUUGAUAGAGAUGUUGAAGAAGAUAAAAAUUUGUUCAUGGCCAUGUGCGGUGAAUGCAAAGAAUGGUUUCAUCGUCGCUGUGCGAAAAUUCCAGCAAAAGUUUUUGCUAGCGACGAUGAGCAUAAAAAAUGGAGAUGCUUGGCAUAUUUAGAGUUUUUCUUAUCAACAACAAACCAUGACACAACACACCUAAUUUCCUCCUUUUCCAUGAUAAAUAUUCCCGUACGGAGGAAACACAAGGGACCGUGA